UCUUUUCUCUAGUGAAGUUUUUUUAUCGACUGUUUGUUCACCCAUUUUUAUAAACUAUUUUAGGCUCCUCUACUUGUUUUUUCUAAGCAACUAAUACCACGUCUAAUCCUUUUCCUUUGUAAUCUCUACGCACUACCAACAUUACCAUUUUAUUUACAAAAAUGAAGGUUGCCAUUGCCGCGUUCGCAGCGUUCACGUCGUCCGUCCUUGCUGCCCUCAGCAUCAACAGCCCGGUUGCUGACACUGUGUGGCCCUACAAUGGUACCCCCAUCAACAUUACUUGGAUCUCGGACGAUGCCACGGUGCUCACCGGUACCGUGCUGAUUCAGCUGAUGGAGGGCGCCGACCCCAACAACCUGGCGCCGGUCCUGACUAUUGCUAGCGGCGUGUCGUCGGUCCUCGGGAAGGUAACAUUCACCCCUCCGACCAAUCUGCAGGGCAGCACCAACUACGCCGUACGCGUGACAUCCUCGGUGGAUGGACCCCACUACAGCCACAGCUUCAAGGCCGGCAACCCCGCGAUCAGCGCAUCGGCCUCCACCGCAGUGGUGUCGACCGCCACGACCAAGUCCACCGACGACAACAGCAGCAACUCGAAGACCGCCAAGAACAACGACAACUCCACCCCUGUGGCCGAUGAGGAGGACGAGAUCUCGGAUGAGGAGACCAAUUCGGAGGAGGAAGAGAGCGAGGAGGAGAGCGAAGAGGAGAGCGAAGAGGAUACGGAUGAGAAGAGCAGCUUGGAGGAGGACGAGAGCGCCUCUGAUGAUGUUGAGAGCGACUCCGAUGAUGUCGAGAGCAGCUCGAAGCAUAACAGCAGCUCAUCGUCGAAGAAGGAUAGCUCAAGCAGCGGCGCUGGUCGCACGCACAUUGCUGUUGGUGGUCUUAUUGGCGCUGCUGUUGUUGCGGCCAUGUUCUAAGAGGGGCAUACAUGCUCUUUUUUCUUUUUUGGUUUUCUUCUUUAUCUAGCCAUUUUCCAAAUAGGAGGAAAGUGGUGACCGAGGGGCUUGGUAUUUUCUAUUUAAACAUUUUCAUGCGAUUAAGGCCUUUUUUUCUAUACUUUUCUAAACCUAAUAAUAUUAACAAAUAUUUUUUGUAAACAUCAAA